AUGAUACGCAGCUAUCUCAACUUCGUGACACCCCAUAAAAUAUCUGAGACUCUUUUUGUACCCCCUGGAGUCGAAAAAGAAACCGUCAAUCUGACAGAAGUGUGUCCUGUUGAGGGGUUUCUACUGGGCCAAGUGUGGUGGAAUGCUCAGGUGACGCACUACUACAACACCAGACACGGACGACUCUGCCACUUUGUAAUUCCACAGUAUAAUAUUCAUGGAAACCAUCGCAUCGGAAGCUCGAAAGUACUACCGUAUUAUACCACACCAAGUAGCUGUCUCAAUGACAGCUAUCCCUUCGAGCUGUAUAUAUACCACGGCAGCUUCGGAUACUUUUCUUUUUACGAGGAACCCACAGGAACAUACUGUGCGAAUGACAAAACAGGGUACAUAGUUUCGCGGAGGUUCGGUACGUACGACAUUAACGGUCCAAGUCUGGCUGAAGACACUGCAAGCACAGACUACCGAAAAUCUUACUGGUAUGGCGUAACAGGCGCUCUCUGGGUGGUAUAUCGAGGUCUGGUAUUGCGACGGAGCUUUAUUAUCUGCAAGAGAUAUGCUCGACGAUGCAGUGACAUAGGAGUGAAGCUUCGACGGAAAGAAGCUGUGGUAUUUGUCCACGAGCAGCUUCGUCUAACUGCCCAUGGAGCUACGAAGCUGCAUCGGGUAGCGUUACUCUAUUUCUUAAUCGAGGGACUCAUGGGUGACUUGUUUCUACUUAUCGCAAGCAAUGGCUUCUUGUCUAAAAUCCAGUAUGUCUCGCUUGGAUACAACCUAUCGGGACUGCUUUUAGUGGCGUUUGAGAUAAUCGAGAGUACCAAUUGGCUGCAGGAAAGAACGCGGGUGAUCGUUAAACGCCUGUUAUUCUGCUAUGAGUCUUCGUUACUUGGCGAGAUCGUGGGAGCAGCAGUCCAGCAGCCAUUUCUAAGUGAACUUAACGGAUCUAGAGCACUCAAGAUGUCAAAUAACGUUAACCUUGUCGUCUCGCACUACGUCUGGAGUAUUGUUGGUCACUGCAUCUUUGUAUUCGCUGUUAUCGGCUUCAUCAUCUUCAUUCGUUACGUGUGGUGGAAGCAUCGAACGUGGUCUGUUUUCUACGCGCCGUGUUGUGUGGACACAGCGCUGGGCAACCGUAACAAGAUGACGAUGUUAGGAGGGUAUCAUCAUUACGAUGGGGAGCUCUACUACAAACCCGAAGCGCUGAGAUCUUUUGGACUUUUGAAGAUGGAGGAAGAAGACGGUUUGGAAUGUCUUGUACCUCGCAAACUGCACUGGUUUGCCGUUCCUAGAAAUGACCUUAUUGUAAUCGGGACUGUCUCGGGAGACCUUGUGAAGCAUUAA